AUGGCCCCUGCCCCUAUUGAUCCCAUCAUCCCCAUCGCCAACACCAAGGCGCCACCAAAGCCCAAACAAGACCUCGACAUUCCCGCUCCCGCGCGCCAACGGCUGGAAAAGGCGGGCAUCGACCUGUCGCAAGGCUACCCGUACUGGCCGGCGACCCCAAUCUACCUUCAAGAUGUAUACAAGAUCCGCGACAAGGAGCGCGAGCACGUCGACCCGGCCCUGCGCGCCGACAAGUCCAAGAAGGCGCUGCUGGGCGCGGCAACAAAGGUGACGGACCUGACGACGUACAUUGGCACCGAGAUCGAGGGCCUGCAGCUCAAGGACCUGACGGACCAGCAGAGGGACGAGCUGGCGCUGCUGGUGGCGGAGCGGAGCGUCGUCUUCUUCCGCGACCAGGACCUGAGUCCGCAGCAGCAGCUCGACCUGGGCAGGCACUUUGGCGAGAUCGAGAUCCAUCCCCAGGUGCCCUACGUGCCGGGCCUGCCCGGGGUGAACAUCAUCUGGCCCGACCUGCAGGCCACGCAGCAGCCGGCGUCGUUCCGGAGGCCCGGGGGCGCAUCGAGGUGGCAUUCCGACCUCGUGCACGAGAAGCACCCGGCCGGCGUCACCCACCUCCACAACGACACCAUCCCAUCCGUCGGUGGCGACACGCUCUGGGCGAGCGGGUACGCGGCCUACGAGAAGCUGUCGCCGGGCUUCCGCAAGCUUAUAGAUGGGCUGGAGGCCGUCUACCACUCGGCCCACCAGUACCUAGACCAAGAGAACCCGACCGCCGGGCCCAAGUACAUUGAGCGCGUGCACCCGCUGGUCAGGGUGCAUCCCGCAACUGGAUGGAAGGCCCUGUGGGUCAACAGGGCAAUGACGGACCGCAUCGUAGGCCUGGACAGGGAAGAGAGUGACGCGAUCCUCAACCACCUCUACCAUGUGUACGAGACCAACGUCGACAUCCAGGUCCGGUUCAAGUGGACGCCUAGGACGAGCGCCAUCUGGGACAACAGAAUCACUAUCCACAAUGCCAGCUGGGACUACGCUGGCAAGGAGCCACGACACGGGACCAGAGUCACAACGCUGGCCGAGAAGCCAUUCUUUGACCCGGCAGCGCCUACUCGACGCCAAGCCCUGGGUCUACUUUCUGACGAUGAAUUGGAUGGUCCUAUCCAGACGAGAGUUUAA